CGGAAAGGAGAAGGGGUGGAGCUUGAGCACUCUGUUGAAAAGCGCCCUUUUUUCAUUUGUGUCUCCUUUCUCUGCCACAUUAACAUCAGUAGGAACCAUAGCGAGGUGUUUUAGCUUAUUUUAUAACGUAUUAAGUGGCUUAGUGAUUCUUAUCUUGUCUUUCACGCCACUAAUCAGUCGCCUGCGACGUUUCGUGAGUCGAGUAGCAAACACGCUAUCGCUAACAAACACGCUUAUCGCCAUUUUGUGUAUUCAACAACACAAAGAAGCAUGGCCGAAGCAGACCGACCAGGCAAACUGUUUAUCGGCGGGCUGAAUACCGAGACCACCGAGAAGGCCUUGGAGCAAUACUUCAGCAAAUAUGGCAGGAUUGUUCAAGUUCUUCUGAUGAAAGACCGUGAAACAAACAAGUCAAGGGGUUUUGCAUUUGUGACGUUCGAUAAUCCAGCAGAUGCAAAGGAUGCAGCACGUGAGAUGAACGGAAAGUCUCUUGAUGGCAAGUCUAUCAAAGUGGAGCAGGCUACCAAGCCUCAGUUUGAGUCUGGAGGGAGGCGCGGACCCCCAUCCAUGCACUCUCGCAGUCGUGGCCCACCCAGGGGCCUCCGGGGAUCCAGGGGAGGUGGAAUGAGAGGCCCACCAUCCAGAGACUACUAUGACGACGACAAUGGAGAACCCUUCUUUAAGGGGAUGUCGUCAAGAGGUCCCCCUCCGAUGAAGAGAGGACCACCUAUGCGCAAUGGAGGCCCUCCACCGAAACGAUCUGCUCAAUCUGGUCCCAUGAACAGACCCCCAAUGUCAAGGGACAGGGACCCAUAUGGUCCACCCCCUCGCAGAGACUCUAUGAUGUCCAGAAGGGAUGACUAUCCAUCACCCAGAGAUGACCAUUACAACUCAAAAGAUGGCUACUCCAGUCGGGAUUAUAACUCGAGAGAUUCAAGGGACUAUGGACCACCUCCAAGAGAUUAUUCAUACCGGGAUUACUCCAGUUCCCGGGAUGACUAUGGCUCAAUGUCCAGGGGUUACAGUGACCGUGAUGGCUAUGGUGGAGGACGGGAUUCCAGAAGCUACAUGGACCGUCCGAGCGGCGGCAGUGGUGGUGGCGGAGGCUCGUACAGAGAUUCGUUUGAUGGUUACGGUAACUCUCGCAGCGCCCCACCUUCACGGGGCCCCCCACCGUCCUUCGGUGGGGGCAGCGGAAGCAGUCGUUACGACGACUAUGGAGGCAGUUCCCGAGAUGGCUAUGGCGGGCGUGACAGUUACAGCAGUCGGAGUGAGCCGUAUCCAUCUCCCCGUGGCGAGCGAAUGGGUAGGCAGGAGAGGGCUGCUCCCCCUGGCGAGAGAGGAUACCCUCCUCGCGAUUCGUACGGUUCAAGCCGCGGAGGGCCACGCGGUGGCCGUGGAGGCAGUCGACCGGACAGGGGCAUGGCUCGCAACAGAUACUAAAAUGGACAUGGAAGUCUCUCAAGCAGAUAUUAGUCUUCAUGCAGCAUUGAAAGUGUUGUGGGAGAAGUCUGACAAAAAGUCUAAAUCUGUGGAUUGAGUCUUAGCUUUAAAAUGUAUCUUGACUUUCCCAAUUUUUCGUUAAUUUUUUAUUUUUUUUUUCCCCCCUAUCUCUUAUUCAUGUAAUGGUACAGUUACCAAGUGUUUUUUUGUACAUUCAGUGCUUCUGGAAUCGACAAUGCCCUGAGUUUGGCUUUCCUACUCUAAUAAAGUUUUUAGGUGUACACUGACCACUGAGCAUCAAUAUUCCAACAAGGCAUAACAACCAAAGGCCUGGAAAAUGAAUGACAAAAAACAAUAUCUCGUUGAACAAGUUCUCUGUAAAGUUAAGUUGGUGAGUCUCUGCUCUGGAACUUCACUCAAAAGAGAAAUUGGUCACUGCUGUGUUAAAGGGUUAGGCAAAUGUCACUCUCAAAAUGUUCCAAUGUAGUUCCAUCAGAAAUGGAUCCAUCAUCCUAGAGCCAUUCGAUGGCACGCUACGACAAAACCAAAGGCAAGAGCAACCAAAUGCAAGCUUCUAUCCUACAAGAACCCAUAGUCAACUGCUGCUGGUAAGCAAAGCAAACCUCUUUGUUUCACAUCUGUAAAUGCCUUUCAUUGUUCCUGUAUUGCAAUCGUCACUCAAUUCAAGACAGUAGUGCCUCAAAGGACUUAAAAAAUAAAAAAAAUGAAAAAAUAAAAAAAAGGAUGUCAACUUGAAUGUGCCUUUUUAACUGUAGCUAAAUUUGUCAGAAUUGCAACGAGCUCCAAGGCAAGCGAAGACUUUUUGUCCCUUGCCCACAAGAUUUUUGCCAGCUGAGCCCUGAAAAUGGAGAUCCUUUUGCACUAAGUACUUGUCUAAAGCAAGCAAGGUUGACUUAUGAUUUAAAUACCAUAGACAAAACUAUAUUCAAGGCUUUGUUUGUCAAUGUAAAAUUAAAAUGAUCGUCCAUUGUCAGUCUCAAAACCUUUUCCUCAAACAAAGGAGACCUGGAAGAGCGCCGCCAUUGCAACCACCAAACUGGAAACAAUCCUUCAAGUGAAAAGGCAGUGGGACCAAAGACUUGCGGGAUCACUUAUGUUUCAUGAAUACAAAAUAAAGAUAAUGGCAGGGUGUUAAUUUUAUCGUCUUGUUGCAGGAUGAACACACUUGAAGGAAAACAGUCCUUGUUAGGCACCAACUGUCCUUGGAUUCUCAGACCAGUGGACCAAAUAUGAACACAUUCCAGUUCGUGCUCUGCCCCAGGGCUGAGACAACUGGUUGAAAAACUUGUGGAAAAUGAAGAGGCUGAGGAUUGGCUCCAAAUCUUAAGAAUAAAUGACAAAAACCUGCGCUGCUGUUUGUUUCAAAGACUGAAAAAAUUAAACUUCAAAGAAAAUAA